UCUGAUUAUAUAAAUUUUACUAUUUGAUAUCAGUCCAAGGCGGAGCUGAAGUAGUGAGGUUGCGUCUAUCCUCAAUCCCGACGAAGAGCUGACAAUUGCAUUUCGUAAGGAUACAUCCAGCAGCUACUCACAGCACACAGACAUGGCUUUCAUCAAGUGCACCGUCCUCUUGGCCUUAGUCGCCGUCGCCUCCGCCGGAUUAGCCCCCGCCGCCUACGCCCCGGCCGCCUACGCCGCCGCCCCCGCCUACCCUGACGCCCACCCCGCCUACCAGUUCGGCUACUCCGUCAGCGACCCUCUCACCGGCGACUCCAAAUCCCAGCACGAGACCAGGGACGGAGACGUCGUCCAGGGCUCCUACAGCCUCGUCGAAGCUGACGGCUCCAUCAGGAAGGUCGACUACACCGCCGACGGCGUCAACGGCUUCAACGCUGUCGUCUCCAAGCACGCCGCCGGUCCCGCCCCCGCCCCCGUAGCCGUAGCACCCGCACCUGCCGUAGCCGCCGUUAGGGCACCAGUCGCCGUCGCCCACCCUGUCGCUUCUUACGCCGCCCCAGUCGCCUCUUAUGCCGCCCCUGUCGCCUCUUACGCCGCCCGCCCCUACUACGGUGGCUACCGCGGAUACGCCAGUUACGCCGGUUACGGAUACGGUGCCUACCCCUACGCCGCCUACCACGGCGCCGCUUACGGCCACGCUGGAUACCCUUACUACGGUUGAGCGGGAAGGAUGCCGCCUUCUGAUACCUCAUCUUCAAGUUACCGACGAUUGCGCAGAUCAAUUGAUUGAUUAAAUCACAGGAAUUUAAUUAGUUGAAUUGAUUGCUGAUAACAUCGAGAAGCCAUAACCUGUCAUGUAAGUUCAUAUAUUGUAAAUAUUUGUGUGAUUUGUACAAAAAUAUGCUCAAGACUGGAAUAAACAACGUAAAUAUGAACUUA